GAGGCAGCAAGGUGACCCAGGGAAUUGUACCCUAUCCCAGGAGAGAGGUUUUAGCAUAAUGGGUAUAAACCCCAAUCAUGUCUCCGUAGAGCAGAGAAAUCAUGAAUAUAGUGAUUAUAGAAGAAACUGUGGUUUGAGCUUCCCUUUACAUAUGGGACUAACAGUGCAGGAUUUCCCUGUACCAUAUGAAGCAACUCCCACGUUAGGGAGAUCUCAGAGACAUAAUGAAUAUAACCAUAACUUUAGCCUGAAUCCAGAUUCUGUAAGACAGAGAAUACAUAGUAGGGUAAAGCGAUAUGAAUGUAAUGAAUGUGGGAAUGCCUUUAGUAAGACCUCGUAUCUUAUUGUACAUCAAAGGUUUCAUAGUGGAGAAAAACCCUAUAAAUGUAAUGAAUGUGGGAAAGCCUUUAGUCAGACCUCAAACCUUAUUGUACAUCAGAGAAUUCAUAGUGGAGAGAAACCUUAUGAAUGUAAUGAAUGUGGCAGAGCCUUUACAGCAAGGUCAGGCCUGAAGCAACAUCAGAGAAUCCAUAGUGGAGAGAAACCAUACAAAUGUAAUGAAUGUGGGAAAGCCUUCAAAGAGACUGCACACCUCAUUCAACACCAGAGAAUUCAUAGUGGGGAGAAACCCUAUAAAUGUAAUGACUGUGGGAAAGCCUUCAGUCAGAUUUCAUCCCUUAUUGGGCAUCAGAGAAUUCAUACUGGAGAGAAACCUUACAAAUGCAAUGAAUGUGAAAAAAACUUUAGGUGUGCUUCACAUCUCAUUAGACAUCAGAGAAUUCAUAGUGGAGAGGAACCUUAUAAGUGUAGUGAUUGUGGAAAAGCCUUCAAUAAGAUUUCAACUUUUAUUCUUCAUCAGAGAAUUCAUAGUGGAGAGAAGCCCUAUAAAUGUAAUGAGUGUGGAAAAAUCUUCAAGGGCACUACCCAACUUAUUCAACAUCAGAGAAUUCAUAGUGGAGAGAAACCCUAUGAAUGUAAUGAGUGUGGGAAAGCUUUUACUCAGAUUUCAAACCUUAUUAUACAUCAGGGAAUUCACAGUGGGGAGAAACCAUAUAAAUGUAAUGAAUGUGGGAAAGCAUUCAGACUGCGCUCACAUUUUAUUACCCAUCAGAGAGUUCAUACUGGAGAAAAGCCCUAUGAGUGCAAUGAAUGUGGGAAAGCCUUUAGUCAGACCUCAAACCUAAUUGUACAUCAGAGGAUCCAUAGGGGAGAGAAACCCUGUAAAUGUAAUGAAUGUGGGAAAGCCUUCAGAUGGAGCUCAGAGCUCAUUUUACAUAAAAGAAUUCAUUUUGGAGAGAAACCUUAUAAAUAUGAUGAACACGGUAAAGCCUUCAAACAGAGCUCAGAGCUUAUUUCACAUGAGAAAAUUCACACUAAAGAGUAACACUGGGUCUAGUAAAUAUUAGGAAAGCUUCAGCCACUCUUGCAGCUUUUCAAGCCCCAGAAAAUUCAUACUAUGGCUAGACUCCAUGUAGUAUUAUAAAAGUAUUGGGGGUGAGCUUGUGUGUCCAUCUAUGACUUGCUUUGUUUUACCCCAAAACCAGUGUUAUGUUGCUGAUUGGUCUUCAGUCCUGUCACUUCAGAUUCACGCCUUGCUACUACCAAGCUGUAGUUGAGGCCCUCAGAGGCUAUGGAAAGCAGUUGCCUAUUAAUUCAUCUUCUCUCCUCCAGGCUAUACGCUUUUAUUUUUUUUUUUAAUCUCUCCUGCCUAAAGCUUUUGGAUUAACCUUGCUAAAUCAUUACUUCGAUCAUGUCUUCUGCAACCCACGUUGUCACUGAAUUGCGUAGGCCACCACCUAGUGGACCCUUCUACCCCUAACUAUUUCUGGUUACUUCCAAAUGCAAAUACUUCACUCAGGCUGACUAGAAAAGCCUCAGUUAGAUCUACUGAGCUGGUGAUAUCCAGGGGCGUUUUAGAGAGACAGAGUAUUUUUACAGAUAGAUAAAACGUAUCAAGAGAAAUCUGCAAUCAAGGACUAAAAAAGAAAAUGACUUUUGAGUUUGUUUUAAUCUGAGGACAGAAAAUGCAACAAUUUGCCUUUUCCCUUUAGUAAUAACAGCCACCAAUGAUAUAAUACUUUGAGCACUUUUAUAUAUAUUAUCUCUUGAAUUUCACAACAGCCCCUUGAGGUAGGUUUUAGAUGUGUUAACUCAGUUUUACAAAGGAAUUGGACUCACGAGCUUGUGAUUUGUCCAGGGUCACAUAGCAGUGUCAGGCAAGAGUCGAACUGAAGUCUCUUUUUUGUGCUUUCCUAUGGAAAGGAAAGAGAGCUCUUGACUUGAGCACCCUCUUGGGGUUCUAAACUAUAAAGUAUUUUGCCCAGCAGACCCAACAGGAGCCAAGGCUUAGAGAAAGGGCCUGUGUAGACUUGGGGUAGAGGAUGGGGGUUUCCCUCUAGUGUCGCCUCUGCGAACCUUCUAUUGUGCCAUAGGAAGCUUAGCUGGAUUUCAAGUGGAAGAGUCUAAAUUCUAAUCUUGGUAGUUAUGUGACCUUGAACAAAUCCCUUCAGCUCUAGUUUUAUUUGACUUUGAUGGCUUCAAAGGCCUCUUCCACUUGUAAAUCGAGAAGCCUGUGAUUCUAGAGCUUUUCAUGUUCUUAUUGACUGCUCACUGAAAUGUGAAUCUGUACUUGUCUGGUUUGCUUAGUAGUUGGACCUACAGUAGUUACUGGCUGUAACUGUCACUAAUGCCUUUUGUGAUACAAUUUGUACUCCUAAUUUUCUCACUUAUCCAAUGCAACUUUGUGUCUUCAUACUUACAAAUCAGUGUGAUGCUGUUCCGUUCCAGACUGAGUAAAUCCAGAUGUCAUAAGCUGUCAUAAAAUGCCUUCAAUAAUCUGGCCCCUCUCUACCUCUGCCACCUUUCCUUCUGCCACUACACAUAGGAGUAUGUCUAUGAUCAGGAAGACGGGAGAAGUAGGGAGUGUAUUAUCUGAGGGCAGGUGUUUAGCCUGAAAAAGAAAAGAAUUAGGAGGGACAAGAUAGCUAUUUUCAAGUAUUUGAAAGGUUAUCUUGUAAAAGAGGGAUUUCACUUGUUCUGCUUAGCCAUAAAGAACAACUGGGAGGAGCAGGUAGAUGUUGCAAAGGCCAAUUUAGCCUUAAUGUAAGGAAAAAGCUGCUCAGCAUUGAAAGGGCAUCAUCUACAGGUGAUGUAUUCUCCUCCUUGGGGGCCUUCUCAGAGGCUAUUCUUAUUUAUUUACAUUUUGGAUUAGUGGUCUCUGAAUCUCUGUUUCUGGGAUACUCUUUUAUGUGAACCCUCUAACAAGCUGGCCUACCCAUGAUUUCCCAACCAAAAUCUCACAGUAUGGUAUGCUGGAAAGAGCACCAGCUUUGGAGGCAGAAGGCCUUGUUUCAAAUCCCAUCCACCUGCUACCUUUGUCACUUGAUGUAAUUCAUUUCACUUCUCAGCCUCGGUCUCCUCAUCUGUAAAAUAGGGAUUAGAAUAAUUUGCCCUGUCUUAAUCAGGGAUUUUUUAUUAUUUUUUUUUUGGGGAGCAUGUGAAAAUGCUUUGUAAACUUGAAAGCACGAUACAAAUGGAAGCUAUUUGAAUUCCCACCUUUGUGCCUUUGCCCAUACUGUUUCUCUUACCUGAAAUGCCUUUUCCCUUUUAUUCAGCUUACUUAGAUACUACCCUUCAAAGGGCUAGUGUAUCCUCCAUUAAAUCUUUCCCAACCACUCCCACACUUAGUAUCCUCCUGAACUCCUGUGGCACUUACUGCAGACAAGUAGUAAGUCACCUGUUUCUAAAGGUCUUCAAGUAGAGGCUAGGUGACUCAUCAGGGACAUUGUAGGGGCAGUUCCUGUUCACGUAUGGCUUAGAUGAGGUGGCUCUUACAGUUGUGAGAGUCUGUGUGUCUACUAUUGUUUGUAUUAUUUAUUCAUCUAACAUGCUACCUUGUAUUUAUGGAUUUUUUUAAUGUAUGUGCUCUGGCCCUGCCGCUCACUAGCCGUGUAACCUUGGGUAAAUAUUCUCUGAUCCUCAAUUGUGUGUAAAAUGGAGAUAAUGCCACCUGCCCUGCCUGUCCCUGGACUGAUGUGAGGAUCUCUGUGAAAACAUCUCGUGACCUUUGAAGUGCUACCCAAAUGUAAGGUGGUAUUUGUAUUGUCUUUCUAACUUGACUGUACGCCUCACAAAGGCAAAACAUCUGCUCUUAUCCCUCUCUCUAUAUCCCCAGGGUUUCGCACUGUGCCCCCCCCACAGAUGCACAAUAAAUGUUUCAAUGCCA